AUGACCGAGCUUGUUGGCUCUCAUACCGCAUCCAUUCAAAAAUUGGAGAUGCAAAUGAGAGAUCUUUCUAGGGAACAAAACCCAAAGCAAAAAGGGACACUUCCAAGUGACACUAUUGCGAACCCAAAGGGUGGUGGAAGUGGUCCAACUUCUCACAUCAUGGCAAUUACUACUCGGAGUGGGAAGGUACUACAAGGAGAAACUGAGCAAGUGGUUGAAGUGGAAGAGUCCGAACAAGAGGUUGAGGUUGAAGAGCCAAGGGUUGUUGAAGUUGAAAAGGUUCCAGAAGAAGUGAAAGUGCAAGAAGUGAAUUGGGAAAGUGUAAAGGAAAUGGGGAAAGAGACACCAAAAUCUCCAUCUCCUAUUCCUAAACCUCCUCCUCCUUUUCCUCAAAGACUUCAAUUAUCGGUAAACAUUCCAUUAUUGGAAGCUUUUCAAGAGAUGCCGGGUUUUCCCAAAUAUUUGAAAGAUUUGAUCACCAAGAAGAGGACCACCAAGAAUGAGGUGGUGAACAUGACUCACCGGGUUAGUUCCAUUAUUGCCACAACCACCGUUCAAAAGAAAGAAGAUCGGGGAGCCUUUACUAUUCCAUGCAUUAUCGGGGCGCGUGAUUUUGCAAGAGCCCUUUGUGAUAAUGGGGCUAGCAUUAACUUAAUGCCGCUUGCCAUUUACAAGCAAGAGGGAUUAGGGAUGCCAAGGCCAACAAGUAUGAAAUUGCAAAUGGCUGAUCAUUCCAUUAAGAGAUCGGUAGGAAUUGUUGAUGAUGUGAUUGUAAAAGUGGGAGAGUUUCAUUUACUCGCCGAUUUCGUAAUCCUUGAUUGUGCGGUUGACAAAGAGAUCCCCAUCAUUUUGGGGAGACCAUUCCUAGCCACGGGAAGAGCACUCAUGGAUUCGAAACAGAAUGAAAUCAAAUUCCGUGUGAAUGAUGAAGAGUUCACAUUCCAAGCAAGCAAGGGUAUGAAACUACCACAUGAGUAUGAAAGCAUUUUGGUGAUUGAUGUUGUUGAUGAGGUGGAAGACGCAGUCUAA